AUGCUCAAACCGAGACGUAAUGAUUCGGGCUCAACAACGGAAUCUAUUAACAUAUCACCAUCAAACAGUCCUAGAAUCUCCCUCCAAAAUGCUAUUUCGGAACCCGUAACAUCAGUUUCUACCGAAAACAAAACUGAAAAUUCAACAAUUAUCGAUAAACCACUACCUCCAGAUCCACCGAUAAAAACAGCCCAAAAUGAAGAGGAAGAACUUCCUAUUCCUCCCGAGUUUAUAGACCAUUAUGCAGACGUCAAAGUAAAAUGGCAAAAAAUGGAUGAUGAACCCCUUAUAUAUAGAGAUAAAUUUAUAGCCAUUACCAAGACUUAUUUAUAUAUUUUUAAUUAUUAUAUUCCUGACGGAAGAGACAAAGCUAUUCCUAUGACUAGUAUUAAAAAUGUUCAAACUGAUGAAGAAGCAAAAAUAUCUGAUUUAGCCCAUCAAAAAUGGGGAGCUGGUUCAAUAGAUCUUUGGUGGGCAAAGGAUUUCGGAAGGUGGAAAGGUCAUGAUUUAUGUGUUAUUGUUACUGUUGACCAUGGGUUAGUUAAGAGAAAAGGGUUUACUUUAGAAAACAUUGAAGGUUUAUAUUUAUUGAAAAAAGCUUGGAAAACUGCAAAGGACAAAAUGUUGCAAAAAUUAUUUCGCACAAAACCUACGAAUAAAGAUGUAGAAGACUCGAAUACUCGAGCAUUAUUGGAGGCUGACUCGUAUGUAUUUUUAUGGCCUUGCCUUGAGCAAGAUACGGGUGACAAAGCAAAAUUAACGUUAUAUGAUUCGUCAAUUCCAGUAACAUCAAAUUCUUCGGAAAGACCAACAUCCGAACUUUCUUCUUCUUGGAGUGGAGUUGGCUUUUUUCUUCCAAAAUCUAGCAGUGCUAUAAAUAUUAAAUCUAAUAAUCCGGUUAAUACAACAGAUAGCGACAAUAAAAGAAAAAGUUUUGAUUCCAUUAAUAAAUCUAGUAUAAAAACUUUACCUCCUUCCAUGAAUCGUAGCAGUCAUACGCUUCUCUCGCAGAGAAAGACAGCUCAUAAUAUAGAUUUAAUUGGUGAGAUGAUGUUUGGAGCUGUUCCUUUAUCUUACAAAGGGAUGACAACCAAAAUUCAUUUUAUUAAAUCCCCAAAACCUCAAAUUUUGUUAACAAAAUUGUUCUCAAUAAGUCCUGCCGAUUUUGAAUCUAAUUCUCCCGGAAGACGUAGUUCUUUUUCUUCUAUGAGUAGUGAUACUUCUGUAUCUUCCUCUACACAAGGUAGUUUAGCUAUCAAUAAUGAAUUGCGUAAUAUUACAAGACAAAAAUUUGGAUCAAGUUCAAUAUAUUUUGACGAUUAUUCGGAAUCGAGCGAUGACGAUUCUUUUCGUUUUAUUCCUAAUUAUUCUUCUUCUCCCUCAUUUUUUCAUCCUGGACCUCCAAUCCUUGGUUUGAGAACGAAUGAUAUUUCGGUAUAUUCAACUUCUUCUCUUUCAACUUCACCGCGUAAUAAUUUCACUAAUAGAAGAAUGCGAAGAUACAGUCAGACUAGCAUGGAAAAUGGUAUAUUUAACCCAACUCCUUUACCGGGAAGUAUUGCGCGACUUGAAUCAUUAACUAGUCGGCUGGAUCCUCUGAACAAUAGUAAUUUAAGUUUGAAGCAUCCUUCACGUUCUAUGAUGUAUGCUAUUGGAGUCGUCAUAACGUUAGAAAAUAAUGCAACGUUGGAAGAAUUUAUAUUCUCACAUUUCGCGUUACUAGAAAACAGGCUACAUCAGCUUCAUUCUACAGCUUUUAGAUUACUUUGCCACUUUCUUAAAAAAUCUUCACCAUCAUCAUCUAUUAACGGACCUAAUUCAAUAUUUAAUCCGACGAAUAGGAGAAUUUCCGUGGCAUCUCUUUCCCCAUUAAUGCUCCAAAACGAACAAAUCUGGUUAGAUGCAGUUUUGCGAUUUAAGACAUCGUUUUGCCAAUUGUAUAGUACGCCGCGAAUCCAGGUGGCAACCACUAACUCCUUAAUCAUCCCUUCCAAAACUUUGCGCAAGGAGCCAUUGUGGUUAAACAUGUCGACAUUUCCGCAACAAAGAAGUAAACUCGCUAAAAGCCUGUUGACUGAACUAACUUUUUUGUUGGAAAAUUUUGAUAAAGAAUCUAAUUCGUAUCCUUUAUUGAAAAAUAAUUUGACCACCGUUUUAAUGUAUCAUCUGGCAUGGGUUUCGACAGUGGCACCCAUUGCAGAUGUUGAAGAACGGAAUGGGAAGAAUCUAUUUUAUGAUCCAUUAUGGGCACAAUUAGGGGACUUGUAUGGUAGCAUAGGCACACCUUCGAUAAUGAGCCGGACCAUUAUUGUUGGUACAGAUGUAAACACAGUCCGUCGUAUCUUAUUUGUUUUGAGUUAUUUUAUUCGAUGUAAUGAAGUUUACGAAAGAAUGGAACAUAUGAUUUCGACAGAAAGCCAAUCUGAAGAACAGGUGGAUCCUGAAAAUAAUAAUAUUGGUUCAAAAAGUUCCUCUUCUGAAGAUACUUCCAAUUCAAAUUCAUUGGACGAGAAUAAAUCUGAUAAUCGACGGAAAAGCGUUAAUUUAGAUUUAUCAUUUGACAAUUUCACCGAUAACUUAUUGGAAGUUCCAAUGCCAAGAUCACAAACUUCAACCAUAAUACCGGACGUAUCAUCCUACGAAACACGUAAUGAAAAUGACGAACCGUCCAGUAAAAAACUCCCGUAUCGAGCAGAUGAAUUAUUUUUAAAAUCGUACGGUAGAUCACUUAUGGUCGGUUGCUGUGAUACUUACAUGUCCGAUUUUGUAUUGAUGGGCCUUCCUAAACUCGGUGAAUUUCAAGAAUCAUUGGAGAGUGACUUAAGGAAUUCUCUGCUGGUAAAAUCGCAAUUUUUCUUAUCGAUGCAGCCGCUAUCUUCUCAAGACCCAGUUUCAAAAUCCGUUUGCAUUUUGGGGCAAAAUUGUUCGGUUCUAGGCUGUGAUGCAUACGGAAGUCGACAUGUGAUUGGAAAUUCAACAGUUACGGUUGAUGGAGAUCACAUAAGAAAUGGCGCUGGAUAUUUCCUUCCGCUUCAUACAUCAAAUUACAUAUACGCAAUGUUACAUCAAUGUAAAGACUUGUAUACAACCAUGGGAAUGCCUGCAGAAUCUUGCCUUGAGUAUAUGGAAGAUCAUCUGAGAUUAUUGUACUAUAAGGCUGUGAUGUACAAGAAAUUAUUUUCAUCCUCACUCCCUACAUCCACCGCCACAGGAACAUCUCCCUCAAUAGCAUCCCCAUCAAUUUAUAUGCCACCUUCAUCGGUUGAUCAUGUUCCGUUGGAUAUAUUGGAUGUUAUAGGUUUACAAAAAUCGGAUAUUCCUUUAGUGAAAGCCAUAAAUUCAACUUUCUAA